CUCUAGCGUGACUUACCAAACAACAACAACUAGGACAUCCACCAUGGCCACCUCGAGGUCUUUCUGUGGAAGCAGCAACAUCACAAUGCUGGCCGCCUCUCUGCUCCUUCUCCUGUCGACCUCCGCCGUGGCUCAGCUGGACGUCAGCUACUACAGCAAGACGUGCCCGCACGUCGAGCAGAUCGUCCGGGAGGAGAUGCUCGGCAUACUCCAGGAGGCGCCCACGCUCGCCGGACCCUUCCUCCGCCUCCACUUCCACGACUGCUUCGUCCGGGGAUGCGACGCCUCCGUGCUAAUCGACUCCACCGACGUCGCCAACAAGCCCGCCGAAAAGGACGCGCCGCCCAACAAGAGCCUCCGCGGAUUCGGCGCCGUGCAGCGCGUCAAGGACAGGCUCCAGUCCGCGUGUCCUAACACCGUCUCCUGCGCCGACGUGCUCGCGCUCAUGGCCCGCGACGCCGUCGUGCUCGCUGGAGGCCCCACGUGGCCCGUCGCGCUCGGCCGGAGGGACGGCCGCGUCUCCAUUGCCAACGAGACCAACCAGCUUCCACCGCCCACAUCCAACUUCACCCGCCUCUCCAAGAUGUUCGCCGCAAAGGGCCUCGACGCCAAGGACAUCGUCGUGCUCUCCGGCGGGCACACGCUCGGCACCGCCCGCUGCGUGUCCUUCACCGACCGGCUGUACAACUUCACCGGCGCCAACAACCCGUCCGACGUGGACCCGGCCCUAGACGCCGCGUACAGGGCCAGGCUUAAGUCUCAUUGCCGUAGCCUCGCUGACAACACCACGCUCGCCGAGAUGGACCCCGGCAGCUUCCUCACCUUCGACGCCGGCUACUACCGCCUCGUCGCCAAGCGCAGGGGCAUCCUCCACUCCGACUCCGCGCUCCUCGAGCACCCGAUCACCAGGGCCUACGUGGAGCGCCAGGCCACCGGGCUCUUCGCCGCCGAGUUCUUCCGCGACUUCGCCGAGUCCAUGAUCAAGAUGGGCAACAUCGGCGUGCUCACCGGGGACCAGGGCGAGAUCAGGAGCAAGUGCUACGCCGUCAACAAAUAA